UCUCUCUCCCUCUCCCCCUCAGUAGUGGCUGGGGGAAGAAGUGGCGGACGUGCUCGUGUAGUCUGCUGCCACAUUUUACAUGUUUGUCCGUGGAGAGGUGAGCGAAAUGGAAAGGAGCCCUCCAUUUGCAGCACUAUGCUGAGGUCCCGGGCAGCCUUCCCACAAUGCUGGAACUGGGCUCCUAUCCGGUCAGCUCUCAGUCUCUGACAGGGGACCACAAUGCUUUAGGGCUACCUAGAGUGCCAGGAGGGCCAGACUGUCCAGUGGGGGGUGUGGGCAUGGGGGCGAUUCGUGGUAGCAGUACCCCGAGACACCAUAUCCUCCACCCGUCCCCAUCGGACUGUGAGGGCUGGCAGAAGCAUCGUGCCGGACUGGCCAGAGGGUCAAGUCUGUAUUCUGAGUCCCACUCUCUCCUGGAGCCCCAAAGUCUCUCAACCAGCUAUGACACGCUUUACCUCCCACAUAUGUCUGGACACGCUCCCCCUCUGCACCCAAACCGUCUGGGCCUCUGUCUUGAUGUGGCCUCGACUUUUGACGUUGGAGGGGGGAUGCUGGGGGUGGAUGGAGAUUUGGCGGUGAGUCCCAAUGUGAUCAAGAGACGUCGGGGCGGCCUGAUCGAGCAGAGGGACAUUGUAAAAGCCCACCAGGCUCAUAAGAUCCACAGCACACCACAGGCACGACGCAAGGAGUGGGAAAUGGCCAGAUUUGGAGACGACGUUCCUGGCUUGUUGAGCUCAGGGGAUGGAGGGUCCGAGCGCAACCGGAACCGCGAUGGGGCGGCGGUGUCCACAGGUGGCAUCUCCCCAGCCUUCAAGCAGACCAAAGCGCAGCGCGCCCGCACCAUGGCCUUGUACAACCCCAUCCCGGUCAGGGAGAACUGCUUCACCGUCAACAGGUCCCUGUUCAUCUUUGGCGAGGACAACGUGGUCAGGAAGUACGCCAAGAAAAUCAUUGAGUGGCCUCCAUUCGAGUACAUGAUCCUCGCCACAAUAAUCGCCAACUGUAUCGUUCUGGCUCUGGAGCAGCACCUCCCUGGAGAGGACAAAACACCCAUGUCCAAGAGAUUGGAGAAGACAGAGCCCUACUUCAUCGGGAUGUUCUGUUUUGAGGCCGGAAUAAAGGUCAUCGCCCUGGGCUUUGUAUUUCAUAAAGGUUCCUACCUCAGGAAUGGAUGGAACGUCAUGGACUUCAUCGUGGUUCUCAGUGGGAUCCUGGCUGCGGCAGGGGCACAUAUGAACAUCUCAGUGGACCUGAGGACGCUGAGGGCGGUGCGAGUGCUUCGACCCCUCAAGCUGGUUUCAGGCAUCCCCAGUCUGCAGAUUGUCCUGAAGUCAAUAAUGAAGGCCAUGGUCCCUCUGCUGCAGAUCGGCCUGCUUCUGUUUUUUGCCAUACUCAUGUUCGCCAUUAUCGGCCUGGAGUUUUACAGCGGCAAACUGCACUACACCUGCAAACCACAGUCUGGAAUACUGGAAAACGAGACAGUGGACUCCUCUGAGUAUGAGUUCCCGUGUGGUGUGCGGCAGUGUCCGUCCAAAUACUCCUGCCACGGCACCUGGAUCGGCCCUAAUGACGGCAUCACCCAGUUUGACAACAUCCUGUUUGCCGUCCUCACUGUCUUCCAGUGCAUCACCAUGGAGGGAUGGACCACUGUCCUCUACAAUACUGACGAUGCCUUGGGCCCCAGCUGGAACUGGAUCUACUUCGUCCCUCUCAUCAUCAUCGGCUCCUUUUUUGUCCUGAACCUGGUGCUAGGAGUCCUCUCUGGGGAAUUUGCCAAGGAGAGAGAGCGGGUGGAAAACCGCAGGGCCUUCAUGAAACUGAGACGCCAGCAGCAGAUUGAGAGAGAGCUCAAUGGUUACCGGGCCUGGAUCGACAGAGCAGAGGAGGUGAUGCUUGCGGAGGAGAAUAAGAAUACAGGACCCUCUGCUCUCGAUGUGCUGAAGAGAGCCACCACCAUCAAGAGGAGAGGCGUGGAUGUGGUGCAUCGAGGGCAACCAGGGGAGGAACAAUAUGGUGACAUCUCCUCUGUGGGCGUCCCCAUGGCCAGACCGAGUAUCAGGAGCGUCAAGCGAGGUCCGGCGGCCUAUUUUCGGCGGAAGGAGCGUCUCCUUCGCAUCUCCAUCCGCCGCGUGGUGAAGACACACACCUUCUAUUGGACGGUGCUUGGCCUAGUGGCCCUCAACACACUUUGUGUGGCUAUAGUUCACCACAACCAGCCUCUCUGGCUGUCCACCUUCCUCUACUAUGCAGAGUUCCUGUUCCUCGCUCUGUUCCUGACUGAGAUGUUCCUGAAGAUGUACAGCCUGGGACCACGUCUCUACUUCCACUCCUCCUUUAACUGCUUUGACUGCAGCGUAAUUGUUGGCAGCAUCUUUGAAGUGCUCUGGGGUUUCUUCAGGCCUGGAACUUCAUUCGGCAUCAGUGUCCUGCGUGCUCUCCGUCUGCUGAGGAUCUUCAAGAUCACCAAGUAUUGGGCGUCUCUGAGAAACCUGGUGGUCUCUCUGAUGAACUCCAUGAAGUCCAUCAUCUCCCUCAUUUUCCUUCUCUUCCUCUUCAUCCUUGUAUUUGCGCUCCUGGGCAUGCAGCUCUUCGGUGGCAGGUUCAUCUUUGAGGACUACACCCCGACAAACUUUGACACCUUUCCCGCCGCCAUCAUGACCGUCUUUCAGAUCCUGACUGGAGAGGACUGGAAUGAGGUUAUGUACAACGGUAUUCGCUCUCAAGGAGGAGUGAAGUCUGGCAUGUGGUCCUCCAUCUACUUUAUUGUGCUCACAUUGUUUGGAAACUACACUCUGCUGAAUGUCUUCUUGGCCAUCGCUGUCGAUAAUCUUGCCAAUGCACAAGAACUCACCAAGGAUGAAGAGGAAGCAGAGGCAGCGUUCAACCAGAAGCACGCUCUCCAGAAAGCCAAGGAGGUCGGGCCGUUGUCCUCCUUUAUGUCCUCAGAGGGAAGCCGUAGGAGGCGGCCCUACCUGUACAGGAAAAGAGCAAUCCACCGCAGCCGCCCCACCUACUCCUGCUCCCUGGAGGAGGCGCAGGGCAGCAUCAGGGAGGGCCGCCCACCCCCACCACUCAAUCCCUCUAACUCUUUCAUGUCCAGGGGAGAGAGGAGAAAAAGGAUGACCAUGUCAGUUUGGGAGCAGAGGACCAGCCAGCUGCGGAGACACCGGCAGAUGUCCAGCCGAGAGAUCCUGUUCAGCGGCCCCAGCGAGGAGAAGGACGGGCCUCCUGCCUCAGCCCAGGCCCAGCUCGGACACCCACUGUCGCUGCACCGCAAGGCCAUGCAGAAUACGCCGUCUGGGAGUUUGAAACGCCCGGCAGAUCCCUUAGCAUCACCAGCCAAGAACCAGGCUACCUCCAUGUCUGUGGAUAAGCCUCUUGGAGCCGACCUCUCUGGUGACAUACCUGAAACCCCCAUCACGGUCCCCGAGUCACUGGACCCCACAAAUGAGCCUCUGCCUGAUGCCUCUGUGUCUCUGACCAUACAAGAGCCUUCAGAAUCAGAGACCGUCUCUGAGAGUAAAACACUGGGUGUUAAUCAGAGUCACAACACCUUCAGCGAGCGCAGGAGCCCCAGAUUGAAUGGUGAUCGCCAGCACAGGGCAGUGAAGAAGUUCAGACCACCAGAUAACAUUGACAUGCUGACUCCUGAGAUGGGAGGUCUUAGCGGGAUCAGGGCCAGGAGGGCGGCGCAUCACGGUGACCAUAAGAGUGGAGCCAAAAGUCGGGGGUCAUCUCCCGAGAACGAAAGCCAUUUGGCAAGUCGCUCGGUCAGCAGAGAGAGGAAGAGAAACCCCAGGAAAGUAGAGGAGAAGGAGGUGGAGACCAAAAAGGAGGAGGAGGAGGUGGUGUCCAAACCUGAGGAGAGCAGACAGGUUGAAGGGGAAGAAGGAGACAUAAACCCCCCAGAUGACCAGCAGAGCAGCACCGGUGACCCGUGUCCUCAGAAGCAAGACGAGCUUCUCCAGCAAUCAGACCCUUCUCCACCGGCCGUCCCAGAGGACGACAAAGAAGAGAAGGAGGCAGAGCAGGAAGAGGACAAAUCUCAGCUCAGCUCCACUGUCGUCAUCGAGAUGCCCAGUGCAACUUUAUGUCUGGAGCUCUCUACAAUCACAGUGAACAGCAAGGAUCCUGAAAUCUGUAAGUCAGAGAAGGAGGAGGCCGAGGCCACAAAUCCUGUCAACACUGUGACUCCAAACAGCAUGUUCAUCUUCAAACCUGACAACCCGGUGCGUCGAGCAUGUCACUACGUGGUGAACCUCAGGUACUUUGAAAUGUCCAUCCUGCUGGUCAUAGCUGCCAGUAGUAUAGCUCUGGCUGCUGAGGACCCUGUGGCUACCUCCUCUGACUGGAAUAAGGUUCUGCGUUAUUUUGAUUAUGUUUUUACUGGAGUCUUCACAUUUGAAAUGAUAAUUAAGAUGAUUGACCAGGGUCUGAUCCUCCAUGACGGCUCCUACUUCAGAGAUCUGUGGAACGUCCUGGACUUCAUCGUCGUGGUGGGAGCACUGGUGGCCUUCGCCCUCACCAAUGUGUUGGGAAAUAACAAAGGACGGGACAUAAAAACCAUCAAAUCUCUGCGAGUGUUGCGUGUCCUCAGACCCCUGAAGACCAUCAAGAGACUUCCUAAACUCAAGGCGGUCUUUGACUGCGUGGUGACGUCUCUGAAGAACGUCUUCAACAUUCUCAUUGUCUACAAACUUUUUAUGUUCAUCUUUGCCGUCAUCGCUGUGCAGCUCUUUAAAGGGAAGUUUUUCUACUGUACUGACAGUUCGAAGGACACGGAGAAGGACUGCCAGGGUUACUACAUCGACUACGGGAAGGACAAGAAAGAGGUGAAGAGAAGAGACUGGAAGAGACACGAGUUUCACUACGACAACGUCAUCUGGGCUCUGCUCACCCUCUUCACUGUUUCCACUGGAGAGGGAUGGCCUCAGGUCCUGCAGCAUUCAGUGGACGUGACCGAGGAGGACAGAGGGCCAAGCCACGGCAACAGGAUGGAGAUGUCAAUCUUCUACGUCAUUUACUUUGUCGUCUUCCCUUUCUUCUUCGUCAACAUCUUCGUGGCUCUCAUCAUCAUCACCUUCCAGGAGCAGGGGGAUAAGAUGAUGGAGGAGUGCAGCCUGGAGAAGAACGAGAGGGCGUGCAUAGACUUUGCAAUCGGCGCCAAGCCCCUGACCCGAUACAUGCCGCAGAACCGUCACACGUUCCAGUACCGUCUCUGGCAUUUUGUGGUGUCCCCCUCUUUUGAGUACACUGUCCUGGCCAUGAUCGCUCUCAACACCAUUGUGCUGAUGAUGAAGUAUUACUCUGCACCGCCGGCGUACGAGGCCGUGCUGAAGCACCUGAACACAGCCUUCACCGUUCUCUUCUCUGUCGAGUGUGUCCUCAAGAUCAUGGCCUUUGGCUUUCUGAACUACUUUCGAGACACGUGGAACAUUUUUGACUUUAUCACCGUCUUGGGCAGCAUCACUGAGAUUGUGGUGGACCUGCAGUCUAUUGACACGUUCAACAUGAGUUUCCUGAAGCUGUUCCGAGCUGCUCGUCUGAUCAAGCUGCUGAGACAAGGCUACACCAUCCGGAUUCUUCUGUGGACCUUCGUCCAGUCCUUCAAAGCCUUGCCCUACGUCUGCCUGCUCAUCGCCAUGCUCUUCUUCAUCUACGCCAUAAUUGGCAUGCAGGUGUUUGGGAACAUUAAGCUGAACGAGGAGACUCACAUCAACCAGCACAACAACUUCAAGUCCUUCAGUUGUGCUCUGAUGCUGCUCUUCAGGAGUGCCACGGGGGAAUCAUGGCAGGAGAUCAUGUUGUCGUGUCUGGGGGGGCGGCAGUGCGAGGCGGACCCUUCUCUCACGUCAGAGCAGGAGGGCGGCUGCGGCUCUGACUUUGCCUAUUUCUACUUUGUCUCCUUCAUCUUCUUCAGUUCCUUCCUGAUGCUGAACCUCUUUGUGGCUGUGAUCAUGGAUAACUUUGAGUAUCUGACCAGAGACUCCUCCAUCCUGGGCCCUCACCACCUGGAUGAGUUCGUCCGGAUCUGGGGGGAGUAUGAUCGUGCUGCCUGUGGUCGUAUCCAUUACACAGACAUGUAUGAGAUGUUGACCCACAUGUCGCCACCUCUAGGCCUGGGCAAGAAAUGCCCCUCCAAGGUGGCCUAUAAGAGACUCGUCCUGAUGAACAUGCCUGUGGACGAUGACAUGUCCGUCCACUUCACCUCCACCCUCAUGGCCCUCAUCCGCACCGCGCUGGAAGUCAAGAUAGCCAGAGGUGGAGAGGACAGAAACCAGAUGGACCUGGACCUGCAGAAGGAGAUCAGCGUCAUCUGGCCUCAUCUCUCUCAGAAGUCGCUGGACCUGCUGGUUCCCAUUCACAAAGCCAGUGACAUGACCAUAGGGAAGAUCUAUGCUGCCAUGAUGAUCAUGGACUACUACAAGCAGAGCAAGGCCAAGAAGCUCCGACAGCAACUGGAGGAGCAGAAACACGCUCCUAUGUUCCAGCGUAUGGAUGCUUCCUCUCUGCCUCAAGAAAUCCUAUGCAAUGCCAAAUCCCUUUCAUUUCUCAGACAUGGUGCCGGAUCUGCUCUCACCAGAGGAGGUUUUGUGGCGCUCAGCCCCAUCUCCCCCCAAGAGAUGUUCCUGCAGCCGCUGUCUCGUUCCCGGGAGGAGAAGGAGGAGGAGGAGGGCGACGACGACUACCGCUCACCCUACCUCCCUUACCUACACCCACAUCAUCACCACCACCACCAUUUACACACACUGGUGCAGGACGUAGUGGAGUAUAAACAGGUGAUACAGCAGGCCAGGCAGGAUCCAACAGUUGUUAAAUCACCUCAGCGAACAGCAUCGAUCAGAGCGUCCUCCAUGCCCAGACUGGCUGUUGAUCCACAGCCUGGCUUGUCAGCAGACAGUAAGCUGAUGAAGCGCUCCUUCUCCACCAUCGGAGACCAGUGUGUGAACGGCCUGUGGCAGGAACAACACUCUCUGGAGAGAGUCAGUCCAGACGACACGUACCGACCCCGACAGAGGAGCUACAGAGGUGCAAGAGUCAACCACAGAGAAGCAAGCAGUCACGAGAGAGGGAGGUCUAAGGAACGGCGCCACCUACUGUCUCCUGACGUGUCCCGCUGCAACUCUGAGGAGCGGAGCCAGGACGCCUCGUGUGAGAGGAGACGGUCCCGCUCACCCAGCGAAGGACGCACACAGAGACAGGUCAACACAUCAGGCAGCCCUGCCCACUCAGCCUCAGAGUCCACUACUCCACGUAAUCGACGGCAGCUGCCCCAGACGCCCUCUCGCCCGCGGCCUUACAUCUCCUAUUCUCCUCUGGUUUGCCAAGCACAGACCUCUCCCACACCAGCAGCCCCCUCUGAGGGACAGACCCAGGCUCAGGACGCCCCUGUUGGCUCCGCAGAGCCCUCGUGGAAGGCCGACAAGGAGGCCGGGCCCCCCGCUGCAAAUCAGGGGUCAUCCGGAGGUCAGGUGUUAGCACAGAGUCACCCAUCUCCUCACCGCUACAUCUCAGAGCCCUACCUCCCAUACCACGAGGACCUCGGCAGUGGCGAGGCGGGCGACAGGCAGCAUACCCUUACCUUUGAGACUGCCAUGGCGACCAGCCUGGGACGGGCCAACGCUAUAAGCUCCGCCCCUCAGCUUAGACACUCGUGGCAGGUUCCUAACGGGCAUUUCCGGAAGCCCUUGGGCAAUACGAGUCCGGCUGGAGCCAGCGAGUUGCUAAGUGACACAGACGAGGACGACCGCUGCUAAAACACAGAGAAGGCACGGGGCGACCGGGCACCUCAGAGCUACACGGUUGUAGCUCGUCUGUGGCUCUGUGACCUUGUAUUCUCAGCACCAGUAGCAUAACGGGCAGGACUGAACGCCACUGCUCUUUAUCUGUAUACUUGGGUGUCUGUGUGCAACGUGUCCUUCCUUGUGUGUCUCUUGUAGUUGGAGGGAGGCUACGUUUGUGUGUGUGUGUGUGUGUGUGUGUGUGUGUGUGUGCGCGCGCUCUCAGAAGAGAACAUUUGCCAAAUCAAAAGAAUAGCAGAGACCUCCGGUAACACGAGUAGCUCGCUGCAGGCAAACCCAUGUGUGGCCGAGCCUUCCCACACGUGUUAGUGUUUUGAUAGUUUGAUCAAAUGUGGUGAGAUGUUGAUCUGAGGUGUCCAAUACUCUUGUAGAAUCUGAUUUAACUGAAUUUAGUGUAGGUGAACAUAGCAUGUACAAAUGUAAUACGUUGAAUGUAUUUUAGCUCUCGGUUCAUAAGUUCAGGUCAUUUGAGAAGGUAGCUGUCAGGCUUUGCUGUGCAUAGUUGUAAGUGUAGCAAUGAAACAAGGUUCAGCCAAAUAGUUGCCAGAUAAUAAUCGGCCAUUCCCAACAGUUCAUGUUUACAAAACCUAUAUCCACAUGGUUUGUGGGCAUUAUACAGUCAUUCACCCAUGAGGAGUCAAUACAGGAAAUCGAUUUGCAGACCUUUAAAUGAUGGUCAAGUUAUUUUUUAGCCCUUAUGUGAAACAGGAAGAGAGUAAGUGAGUGCAACUGGAGCUGUGUCCCAAUUCAAGGGCCACAUAGACCGUAAAGGCUGAACCGAAAUGAGACGGUCUUGUCCACAGAGGAUUCCUGACAUCGGUGUCACCAGCUUGUCCUGCUGUCACCUAGCAACAGAGCUGCUGUUGGACAUAACGAGAAUGUUUUAAUGCCUCUUGUUUUUUUAACAUGUGUACCGUCAGCUGUUAGGUUGAGCUGAAGCCUGAUAUUUAAGCACCAGACUUCUCUUGCCUGCGCCAUUACCUCUUUGGAAAAAGGUUUGUCACUGAAGCGCAAUGAAUCCUGGGAUAGGUUGACCUGAACAGGAUCCAAAUGGUUGAGGAUUCAUUUCUCUGGAAUGGAAGGACGCAUUUGGAGGAGUCUUCAAAAUGCGACAGCCUAGUCGCUGCGCUGUGACUCAAUCGGUCUUCAAACGCAGCCUCCGUAGGAUGCGGCCUCUGAAUUGAGACACGGCUACAGACUGUAGCCCAUAUUUCUUGUACAAACAUGAAGAUAUCCCGGACACAUGUGCCACCAUCUUGCACCUUUGACAUAAUUUGGAGUUUGCGAACGAGUGAUUGUGGCGUGAAGCUGCUUAUUGAGGUACAUUCUCGACCAAUCAAGAGUCAGCCUCAGCUGUCAAUCAUGCUUCAUCCUGUUUUUAUAUUUAUAUAUCAAAUAACUAAUCAAAACCAAACUUACCAGAAAAGUGAACAUUCAAACUUGCAUUGAUGUGACAAAAACUACCUAAAAUGACCAUCUCUAAACUUUAUUUGAUGUGACUUUUUAAUUUGGUCCAUGUCCCAACCGCUAACAAGGAGGAGGAGGCGGGAUUUAUGACCUACACUGCAGCCAAAGAUGCUUUGGCUUCACUUUUAGGGAGCUGUCAUGUCGUCCACCUUUACAUACAGUCUGUGGAGUGUCCAUUCAUCGACAGUAUAUGUGUUGGCUCUGUGGCGUGAAAAAGAAAAGAAUAAGAGAUGCUUUGUCUCAGGAUACUGUAACUGUGGUUUCGUAACAUAUUCUCAUCUGAAACCUGAAGAUGUUCUUCGGUUCUUGGACCUAAAAUGAACUAUACAUCAGUUAGCAUGAUAUUGAAGGAUAACGCUGUCGCAAGGACCAGUGGAGAUUUCAAACCCAUCUGAUCAUGGGAUCAUGGACUAUAAUAGCUCUGGCCCUGUAGGACAGAAAAACAAAUGAUUGAUGUGCUGGAUUACCACUGUCGAUGUUUUGUGGAGAGGUGACUAAAGCCAUUUACUUCCUGUACAUACAGAGCCGAGGAUCCCGACCUCUUCAGAAGUGUUUCUGUCACAUGACGAUGAAAACAGUGAGAAAUUAAAUGUCUUUUCUACAUGUGAUGCAAAUGAUUUCAAGGAUGUGGAAAAGAGGAGUCACAGGCACAGUACGGUUUGUGUCUUUGUUAACUGCCACUUUGUUUCUGUCACAUUGGAGUCUAUGUUUUGGUUAGUAGAAACAAGCAUAAUGGUAUUUCCUGUGCUCCAGUGUUAUAGUAAAUUGCCACAUGCAUGAUCAUGGUGAUUUGAUAAUGGGAUAUGUGUGAGAGGUGUUUUUUUUUUUUUUGUGUAUCCAUUAUGUUCAAUAGGAUUUAUUUAGGGUAAUUUAGUGAUUCUGAAACAUCCGGCAGAGAAAUGCUUCCUCAUUCCCAGCAUUCACUGUCACUAUCCUCAAACACUUUCUCACAUUUGUUGUGGCCCCUGAAUAAGAUGUAUAUUUAUAUCACGUGCUGUUGAGUUGUUAUGAAAUGUUGAGUUUGACAUGUUUUCUGAAAUGUGAACACAGGACACAUGUGGACGGGUCAGAAGAGAUCACGCCGACCUGCUGAAGCCCCAAACAGAAACUCCUGGACUAAUAAGACGUAAUAUUAGAAGAUAAACCUCCGUUCAAGUGUGGGUGGAUUUAUACAGUUUCCAGGUUCAGCAUACAGGUUAGGGUUAAGGCUUCCGCCUGUAGUUCAUACUGUGGUGCAGUGCAGCCUAUAGGACUUGAACUCGAUUGUACAGAACAGCCUAUUCUGUGCCUGGGGACACUCGCCCAAAGAGUUUCCCUAUCAAGCCUGGAUUUCCUAGAUAGAGAUGCUUUCUGGUAAAUAUGUAGAAUAAACUGUACAAAAAUAAAUCAAUGUUUAAUUUAUUGCACUGUUUUUAUUUUAUUUCAAACAAUGCCUGUCUAUGACUCUGAGAAAAGAAGUGUUUACAUAUCUGUUCCAAGGACCAUUAAAGAGAGAGAUCACUUGUCUUUUCUCUCCUGCGGCUGAUA